UUCUCAAAUUGCUAACAAUGAACAUCUUCCUGAACAUGGCAUAUUGGGUCCAAUUACAUAAUUUCACUGGCCCUCUCCCUCUCCCUCUCCCUCUCCUCCUCCUCCUCCUCCUUUCAUUAUUAUUUCACUGUUUCGCAAUGGCUAGCUAGUCUUUCUGCAUGUGUCUGCUUCUUUCACCCAGUCUGGCCUGUGAAAAAAAAAAUGACAAACCAAUUAAAUAUAAGGGAAAAAGAAACCGUUAAUGGCUUCUGGGGGAGAGAGAGAGAGUGGAGCCCUGAGGCGCAGAACCAUGUGGUGGGCAGCUCAGCUGCUGAGGAAAAAGAAGAAAAAGCGAAGAACAGUUUGGGGAACAAACGGAUUUUGUAGUCCCCCAAGGGAUCUUCUUCUCCACCCUAAAUCACAUCAUUAUUCUUCCACAGAUCACCUCCGACCCAACCUCCGACCUUAUCUUCACUCUCUACAACACCACCCCGUUCGGCUUCUCCAUCGUUCGGAGAUCAUCCGGCGACUGCGUCGAAGUUUUGCUAUCUUUCACACGCGCAUAGAUUAAUGGGUGUUUGCUUCUCGUCCGUUUGGGGUAGAGAGUCUCGGGCUUCUCAUCCCACUGCUAAGAUCAUCUCCGUCAAUGGUGUCCUCCACGAAUAUCCUGUCCCUGUGACUGUCUCCCAAGUCCUUGAGACCGAAAAGUCCUCAUCCUCUUCUUCUUCUUCUUCGUCGUCAUCGUCGUGUUUCGUCUGCAAUUCUGACCCUUUGUAUUACGACAACUACAUUCCGGCCUUGGAUGGUGCCGAGGAGCUUCUGGCAAAUCAGAUCUACUUCGUGCUUCCUGCUUCUAAGCUUCAGCAGCGGUUGACCGCUUCAGAUAUGGCCGCCUUGGCCGUCAAAGCCAACGUUGCUCUUCAGAAUUCCUCAAAAAACAACGGUAAUCGCCAGAAGAAGGCCCGUAUAUCUCCGGUUGUUAUGGUUAAGCAAUCGGUUUCUUUCGAAAGUACUAAGAUUGAAUAUGACGGCACUGAAGAUCGAUUUGGGUAUGGGUACGGACCCAGAUCGCAAAAGAAGACCCCCAUUACGGAUGCCAAGCCGGGUGUCAGUGGAUUAUCUCGAGCCGGGUCUGUGAGAAGGUUGCAGAGAGAGAGAAUAGAGGAUGAGUCUGAGUUUAGAGAGAGAACUUGGGAGGAAUAAGAUUUGUGUGGUCUGAAAUUCUUUUAAAUGACACAAUUUCACUAAAGACUAAAACAGGAAUAAAAGCAAACUGUGCGUUAUUUUGGAAUAAAGUUAAGGGUAAAAUUGGAAAUAAAAAUGUUAGACGAAAGUUCUGUA